AUGGCAAUAAUUAACGCCUCUGUACUUUUCUUUACAGCGCUUUUAUCGUUCAGCGCACUGAUACUGGCAAUUGUGGCAUGUGCAGGAUCCACCAGUAACUACAACCCUCUCAACAAAAUAUUUGUAGCACAAUUGAAUUUGAAGAAUUUGAAUGCUGAUAAGGUAUUUUCUAAGACGAGCAGCGAAUUAGACAUACCAGCAUUUAUUAAUGUGGGACUUUGGUCUUAUUGUGUUGCCAGUGAUAAUGGAUCAGUAAAGUAUUGUACUUCCCCCAAUGGCAUUCAGAAAUUUGAUUUGAAGAAAAUGUUAACUGAUAGCAUUGGUAACAAUAAAGUUGCUGAUAUGGCAGAUUCACUUGCAAAGGUUAUGCUACCAGAUAACUUACAGGAUAAAAUGGGGUAUUAUAACAAUUUGGUGAAAUGUAUGUUUAUCACAUUGUUAAUUGGUAUCUGUGCACUUUUCCUCGAUUUAGUGGUUAACAUUGUUCGCUGGAUUGUUCAUGCUAGAUUGCUCAAUUGGUUUGGUAGGUUUUUGGCUUCUAUUGCAUUCACCAGUUUAAUAAUAAGUGCGGGCACUAGUACAGGGACCUAUGUAUAUAUUCGUCACUUGCUCAAGGAAAAUUAUGACGAGUACGGUAUUAAACUUUCAUUGGGUAGGGUAUUUUUAGCCCUUAUUUGGGCCACUGUCGGUGCUGCUCUAUUUAAUAGCAUCCUAUGGGGUCUAGUAAGGGCUAGAAGAAGAUCUUAUCCGGGGUCACCAAUGCCUAGUGAAGAAAAGCCGCUAAUAUGA